UGAGGUACUGGCCGGAAAUAAGGGAAUCUGUCGACCUUCCUUGGUUUAAAACCUGAUACAACGACAAUGAAGAGCUGGCUGGGAAUUCUUGUGAUUUGUAGCUGUGUUUGGAGUCUACAUGUUAGAGGAACUUCAAUCGCGGAAUCCAGCUCAGAACAUCUUUUCGUUGAUGGAGAUAUUAUAUUAGGCGGGCUUUUUAACGUCCAUGACAGAGACAAAAGUUCUGAAAACCGCUGUGGUAUCCUGGACCCGAAUCCUGGUUACCAGUACCUCGCGUCUGCUCUCUACGCCAUCCGAGAGAUCAACGACAACCCGAACAUGCUCCGAGGAAUCAAACUCGGUGCGAGGAUGUACGAUACGUGCCGAAGUGAGACCAUCGGAGCUGAUGCGGCUAAGGAGCAUAUUAAGUAUACCUUACUACAGAAGAAUGACACGCCUCCACUAGCCGGUGUAAUAGGACCGUUUCGAAGUGACGUUGCUGUUGCUGUUGUUAAUUUACUACGCGUCUUCCAGAUUCCACAGGUCAGUUUUGGCGCGACUGUAGUUAAGCUUAGCAACAAAAAUAUCUAUGGAAACUUUUUGAGGACAGUGCCUCCGAAUUCGUUCCAAGGUAAAGCCCUUGUGGACGUUGUACGGUAUUUUGGAUGGACCUACGUCAUGACUGUUCAUUCACAGGGACUAUACGGUGAGCCGGGGAUGGACGAGGUUUACGAAGCAGCUAAAACAAGGGCACUGUGUAUUGCUAGUAAGAAACGGUUACCGGAUUUUCCGAAGCCAGAAGAUUACGAGAAUACUAUUAAAGAAUUAUUGGAACGCAGCAAGUUAAAUGAGAAUUCGGAUUUAAACGUGGUUAUCUUGUUCUGUAUUCAGCGCGACAAUACGGGUUUAGUGGCAGCGGCGAAACGAAUACUAAAAAACGAAACGAAAAGAUUUGUUUUUGUCGCAAGUAACUCGUGGGGAGCCAGGGAGCCUGUGACUAAUGGCAACGAAGAAGGUGGUGAGGGUGCCAUCACACUUAACUUUAUCGAAGGAAGUGUCAAACGAUUUCAAGAUUAUCUUCUAAGCUUAAACUACAACAGCAGUAACCACGUAUGGUUCCAAGAAUUUUGGCAGAUAGCAAAGAAAUGUCGCAUUCCAGGGGCUAAAAAGCAGACAAAUUUCUCUGAAACGUGCGUCAGGGAUGACAAACUUCCCAAACAUUUUGGGAUUGCACCUGUGAGAGUUGCAAUGAAUGCCGUCUAUGCUGCUGCAUAUGCACUAGAUAACAUGCAUCGAGUCGUUUGCGCCGGUAAGAAAGGAAUGUGUCCUGCAAUGCAAAAUCUUCAACGAGAAUUAUUCCUCGGAUAUUUAAAGAAUGUCAGCUUUCCCGACGCAACUACUAACAAAACUGUUAAAUUUAAUCGCAAUGGCGAAGUGGAUGGGAGAUACACUGUUCUGAAUUUCAGGAAAGUUAACGGGAAGUACACGUAUUUAAAAGUAGGUACUUGGAUGGGGGAGUUAAAGAACGACGACUCUAUUAAUGCUUCUCUUCAAAUUGAUAAAAGCGCCAUCGCUUGGCCGCCUACUUUUCGAACCCAACCCAACUCCUUCUGCAGCACAGCAUGCAGCUCGGCGCAAAUCAAGAAGCCUGAAACUACGAAUCCCAGCUGUUGUUGGAGAUGUGAGAACUGUAAAGACAAGUCGUAUGUCGUGAAUGAUACUUGUAAUGUAUGCCCUCUAGGCACUCGACCAGACUUAAAUCGCACAACAUGUCACAAGCUUCCUUUGAUUUAUUCCACGCUCGAUAAAGAUUCCCCGGCUCAGAUCAUCGUUGCUUUACUGACGAUGCUAGGCUUGAUUUGCACGUUUUUGACUGCGGCGUUUUUCAUUAAAAACAGAAAUGAUCGCGUCAUCAAGGCAAGCGGACGAGAACUGAGUGUCAUCCUCUUCGUUGGCGUGUUUUUCUGCUAUAUAUCAUCUUUUAUCUACCUGAUAAAACCCACGGAUGCUGUAUGUGGCAUGCGUCGUUUCGUCAGUAGUAUUUCCAUGACUGCAAUCUACGCACCGGUUCUGCUUCGCACGAAUCGUAUCUAUAGGAUAUUCAAAGUAGCUCAGAAGUCAGUAUCGCGACCUUCGUUGAUAAGCCCUACUUCUCAGAUUAUUAUGUCCAUGGCAAUUAUAGCGGUGCAGGUGCUUAUUACGUCAAUAUGGUUCACGUCGGAUCCCCCUACAGCCUCUAUGUCAUACCAAUACGACCACGUGACUAUCCUACAAUGUACCAAGCAAAACGUCAGCGUGGCUUUUAACUUGUCCUUGAACAUCAUCCUCAUGUUCAUCGCCACUUGCUACGCUUUUUUAACCAGAAAUUUCCCGCGCAAUUUCAACGAAGCCAAAUACAUUGGUAUCACUAUGUAUCUGUCUUGCUCAGUGUGGAUCGUCUUUCUUCCUUGUUAUCUCAACGCUAAGGACGGUAUCUGGAAGAGUGUCUUCGCUAUGUAUGCGUUUUUCUUUAUAGCGACAAUCACACUGGGAGGUUUAUUGGUCCCUAGAGUGAUCCUGGUCAUCAAAGGCGCUACAGUUGGGCCGGAGACUUUGACAAUGACAAUGCAAUCAGGGCACACUAAACAGGGUGACAUGACUUUAGAAAAUCCACGUUGUAUAAAAGCCGAGAACUACGAACCAAAUGGCGGGGCAAUUAAAUCUAAAGAUGAGAGGAUUGAAAGUAUAACUAGUAAAUAUAUUCUUGGUGCUCAAGAGAUACAAAAGGAUAACAAGGAAAAGGCAAAUAAGGCGAGAAUCAUUGGCAAUCAUUUGAAAUACGGAACAUAUAUUACAAGCGCGUCGCGACCAGCUAAAAACAACUCAAGUCUAAGAUGGAAAUAUCAGAUGGCAAUUCAACACCUUCCGUCAUUCUAUCCGGCAUAUUUUAAUAAAGUCAGGAGAAAUCCUGUCAUUGAAGAACUAAAUUGUCAGGCCAAUCAAUCCUUCGCGCAUGUAUUAAAUUUGAUCGGAAAGAAGGCGACUCAAGUAUUGACAAAGAGUGGUGACCUCGUCCUUGGAGGAUUAUUUCCAGUCCACAAGAAAAGCAAGACGACAGAGAGCGCGUGCGGGGUGUUUGCACUUCAACCAGGGUAUCAAUACAUGAUCGCCAUGCUAUUCGCUCUGGAUAAAAUCAAUAACGACUCGUCACUACUUCGGAAUAUCUCGCUUGGAACGACGAUUUACGACACGUGUGAAAGUAGCACGAUCGGGGCAGAUCGGGCUAAGGAUUUCAUAAAGUACACUCUUAAGGAAGGUGAUGCCGCUCCCCUGGUGGGCGUGGUUGGGCCCUUUUCAAGCGACGUGUCCAUAGCAACUGCGCCGUUGCUAAGGGUGUUUGGUAUCCCUCAGGUUAGUUAUGGGUCCACUAGCGCCACCCUGAGUAAUAAACAAGUCUAUGGGAACUUUUUCCGAACGGUUCCUUCAGAUCACUUCCAGGCUAAAGCCAUCGUGGAUAUUCUGAGGCAUUUUGGAUGGAAUUACAUAUCAACCGUUAAUUCAAAGGGGAAUUAUGGAGAGAGAGGUAUGGAAGAACUGAAGGUUACAGCUGAAAAAAAUGGUAUUUGUGUAGCCACGUCUCGCACGUUACCUUAUCUACCAACGACAAGCCAUUAUGAAGACAUCGUGAACGAUAUCAAACGACAAAAACACGAACAUACCAAUGUUAUUGUACUAUUUACGACGCAGUCUGAUUCCACGGGGCUUCUGAAGGCUGCCUCAGCUCUGGGGGCUGAUCGUUUCUCGUGGAUUGGGAGCAGUGGAUGGAGUAAUCGUAUGGAUGUUAUUGACGGUAGAGAAGGCAUUGCUAACGGCUCCAUCACCGUCAAUCAUCUAGAUGGGUAUGUAGAAAGCUUCGAGAGAUAUUACACCAACGUGUCGCUUCACAUGCAGAAUCCUUGGGGCAGGGAGUUUUUUAAACAGUUUCUUAAAUGCAAUAAUUCAGAUGUGAAGGAACCGAAUGGGAAUGUCAGCUGCUGGAUCCCAAAUAUGGAGCUGUCGCCGGUGCGUGUAGUCAUUAAUGCGGUUUAUGCAUUCGCGCAUGCGCUUCAGGAUAUGCAAACAGCUUUGUGUCUCGGAGAAGGACUGUGUGAAGAACUGAAGAGUGCACUGAGCAAGGAACAACUCGUGGGGUAUCUGAGAAAUGCGUCGUUUCCGGAUAUUUCGUCGGAUUUGAUGUUGACUUUUAACGACGACCAGGAGAUGGAUGGCAACUACACCAUCAUGAACUUCCAGCAGAAGACGUCGGGGGACUGGGACUAUGUGAAUGUGGGCGAGUGGGGAAUGGUGAUGAAGAAUAAUAGCCUUGUGGCGAAGAAUUUCAGGAUUGAUGAGGACAAGAUUUCUUGGGGUAACGCCGUAUCGAGCCCACCAGUUUCUAUCUGCAGUAAACCCUGUGUCUAUCCUAAAAUAAGACAACCUCAUGCUUCCCAUCCAAGAUGCUGCUGGGACUGUAUCAGCUGCCAUGCGAAUCAAAUUAUUCUAAAUGACAGCUGUCAAUCAUGUCCCCAGGGGUACCGCCCACAGGCCAAUUUCACCUCGUGUGGGAUGAUCCCCCAAGUUCACCCUGACUUCAGAGCGGCCCUUGCUAUUUUCAUUGUGGUAUUGACAGCUCUUGGUAUUGUAGGGACUUGUCUGACAGGAAUCUUUUACUUGAAGCAUUUGAACCACCCUGUCAUCAAGGCAUCAGGGAGAGAACUUAGUUUUCUAAUCACUCUUGGAAUCUUGCUUUGCUAUGUUGCUGUUUUCCCUGCCUUCACGAAGCCAUCACCAGUAACAUGUAGUCUAAGUAGGUACUUUGGGUCGGUAUGCUACACGUUCUGCUACGCACCGCUACUCAUGAAAACUAUUAGAAUCUAUCGUAUCUUUACCUUAGCCAAGAAAACUGUCGCCAGACCUUCAAUGGUCAGCCCUAAAUCUCAAGUGCUAGUAACCUCAGGGCUCAUAUCAAUACAGUUCCUCAUCACAAGCUUAUGGAUCCUAUCCUCACCGCCUCAGAUAAAGUACAACUAUCUCUCCCUGGAAGAAACAGUCCUUGAGUGUCAGACAAAUAAUCUGACACUUGUAUUCAAUUUGUCGUAUAAUCUAAUUCUAAUCCUCCUGUGUACGCUCUUCGCGUUCAAGACCAGAGGGUUCCCAAGGAACUUCAAUGAAGCUAAAUACAUCGGUAUAAUGAUGUACCUAACGUGUUCAAUUUGGAUCACAUUCCUACCGAGUCGUCUCAACACAGAUGAUACAUAUGUUAAAGUUUAUAUCACAACCGGGACGUACUUCAUCAAUGGUACUAUCACGUUGAUCGGUGUUUUUGGUCCUAAGGUCAAAGUUAUUCUCUGCGCUCAGGAAGGCGAAGUUAGUAUACACGGUGAUCUUAGUGGGAAUUCCAAUAACAAGGAUUUUACGCAGACGAGAGCGAUGAAUAAUACUUCUUCUUCGUUAGGUCCUGCGCGCGUGAACAGGUUAUAUUCGGGGCAUGUAAUAGAGAUAGGGCAACAGGCAUCGAGGACGACUUCCCCUGAGAGUCUUUCCCCCCCUACAAGGCAAAAUUCCAGACUAGACAAGAACGAUGAUACGACAAGAAAUGGUGCGCCUUUGAGUUUGGUGGUUCCUGGGCAAAACGCAAAAAACCACAUAGAAAAUGCUUGGCAUAAAGUAUAAUAAAUUCUUAAAUAAAGAUGCAUGCACAAAACUCGAACAGAGAACUUCCAAGUGGUCUUCAUGUGAGGUAAUCAUUGGAAAAUCGUUUAAAACCUUAGCCAUGGAGGGCACUGGAAAUGCCUGGGAUUAGUUCUGAUGUAAUCGAGAGACCACAAUAUAGAAAACGUAAAACGAUGUACGUGAAGUGUUUGUACGAAAGAACAUCGUACAUGAUCAGCGUUGGUAUAUUCACCAGAAUUUAGUUCUGAUGUAAUCAAGAGACCACAAUAUAGAAAACGUAAAACGAUGUAAGUAAAGUGUCUGUAUGAAAGAACAUCGUACAUGAUCAGCGCUGGCAUAUUCACCAGAAUUUAGUUUUGAAUUGAUCAAGCGACCACAAUAUAGGAAACGUAAAACGAUGUACGUGAAGUGUCUGUACGAAAGAACAUCGUACAUGACCAGCGCUGAUAUAUUCACUAGAAUUUAGUUCUGAUGUAAAAAAAAAACAAACAAACAGAAUGAACUGAAAAACAGUAAGGAUGACAAGCAUCAGAAAAGAGCUCGGAAUUUAAUUAAAUUAUUAUAAGAAUCUUUAAAAAUCAAUAUUACAUUUAGAAUAAUUUUAUAGUAAUCUUUAGGUAUAUUAGAUUUAAUAAAACCGAAAAAUAAUCACA